CACUUUAUGCACUUGGCACAGGGGUGGCAGUCCUGGGGGUGACUGUAGCGUCCCUGCCCUGUCUCCUCACCAAGUGCUUGGACCCCGCACAGCCCAGGAAACAUGACAGCCAGGGACUGCCGAGCUCUGGGCCGGCCUGGGUGGCAGGGGCUUCCCCCGGCUCUGAGAUCGGCGGGGCGGGCAGGGGAGUGGAUUGGGCUUCCCCGGCCCCAGCAUCAGAGGAGAGAGGGGUACGGUGGAGACUCAGUCCCCAGGAAUGGUGCGAGGGCAGGGGGCUCCCCGGGGGUGCUGGGAGAGGUGUGAGGCCAGGCUGUGCCUUUGCCCAGACGGGAAGAGGGAGGAGAGAGGGAGCUCCGGAGAGGGGGUGCAGUUCAGGCGGGGCCUCAGGGAACGGGGAGGAGCACCCCUGGGGAAAACCAGAAGCCAGUGCCUGUGACGGUAUUUAUAUGGCACAAGCUAAACCCAGGUGACCAGAGGCCUCUUUAGGAGCUGGGAUCACUCCAGCUUCUGGCACAGACAAGGAGGCUCAGAGACCGAAAUCCGCUCCCAGGUAGGGGGCACCAUCGCACCCGCCAUGGCAAGAUCCGAUGUCUUCAUCCCUCUGCUCCUCCUCUUCCUGCUCCCUGGAGUCUCCUCCGACUGCUACACCGGCACAGCUGAGGAGUGCGAGGAGACCACGACCUUCGUGCCCGGGUACAGCUUGGUGGGUGAGGGCAUCGACAUCACCACGCUGGAGUGGACGGGGGCUGAUGUGGUGGACACCAGCCUGUGGCGCCGCCCAAAUGGCGCCUGCACCCUGUGCGAGAACCGGCUGCAGGGGAGGCAGCACCAGAGGCUGCCGCUGGCCGUGGUGGACUGGAAGGUCCACAUCGCAUGCAACCGGGAGUUCAGCAGCUCAGUGGAAGAAUCAGCCGCGGCUGUGGGCCGGGCACUGGCGUUGGAUGUGAACAACGACUGGAUGUCUGAGCUGGAGCUGCCAGAGAAUUCCCAGGGCCCGGCCUUGGCAGGGUCCAAAUCCCGGAUCACCAGCUACGCUUACCAGAAGGAGCUGCAGGACAAGUACAUGUUCGUGCGCCACGAGAUGCCCUGUGUGUAUUACAGGUUGAGUCUCACCCAAGACCCCCCACUGGCGCCCCAGUUCUCCAGGGCCUUGAGAAGCCUCCCACCCAGCUACGACUCAGCCACAUACCGGCCCUUCCUGGCCACGUACGGCACCCACUACGUGAGCCAGGCAGACCUCGGGGGGCGCGUGCGGCAGCUGACGGCCAUCCCGACCUGCCGGGCAGUGCUGGACGGGCUGACAGCCACCGAAAUCAAGGCGUGCCUGGACUCACAGUUCUUGCAAGACCUGGGCCUGAGUCAGAGCAGCAAGCAGGGCAGCGAGGGCAGGGGGAGCUCCCAGGCGCCCUACAUGGAGAAGCGCAUCCAGGUGACGGGUGGCAACAGCUACUCCAAGCAGUUCUUCUCCACCAAGCAAAACGCCAGCUCCUUCUCGGCCUGGAGCGGGAGCCUCAAAACCAGCCCCGACCUGGUCUCCUACUCCCUGAUGCCCAUCCACACCUUGGUGACCCCCAGCGACCCCAGGCGGGAGGCGCUGAGGCAGGCAGUGAAGAAGUAUGUGGAUGAGCGGAAGCACAAGAAGAGUUGCCCUCGUAGAUGCCCACAAGGGAGUCAGGUCGACUCCGAGAACCCCUGCAAAUGCUACUGCCCCGGCAACCCCUUCACCAACUCCAUGUGCUGCUCACUCAAGCGGGGCAUGGCCCAGCUGAAGGUCCAUGUGCUGCGGGGCGCAGACCUGUGGGGAGACUUCCUCAGCGCCACUGAUGCCUACGUCAAGGUCUUCUUCCAAGGCCGGGAGCUACAGACAGAGAUCAUUGAUAACAAUAACUACCCCACCUGGGACAAAGAACUGGUCUUCAGGCCAGUGACGCUGCCGGAAAAGCUCGGGGAGCUGUCCAAACUGGAAUUGGAGGUGUGGGACAGCGACUCAUGGGAGGACCGUCUCCUGGGCCGCUGCAACACCAACCUCGAGGUCGGCAGGAGCAACACACUCACCUGCCACCUUGACCACGGCCACUUGCAGUUUUCCUACACGCUGGAGUGUGGGCCCAACCUGGGGGGCAACAACUGCCAUGACUACGUGCCUGUGAGAGGCUGAGAGGAUAGAACCCAGGAGUCCUGGCUCCCAGCCCCCACUGCUCUAACCCACUAGACCCCACUCCCUUUCUUGAGCGUUACCAAGUCUCACAAGAAAAUAAAGCAGCAAUGCCUUUCCAAACUAACCCAGCCCAUCUCAGAGGGUGCAGGGGUGGGUUUAGACAAAUCCCUUUGUUGUUUUCAGUAGGUCUAGUUUUGUUGCUUCCAACUGGAAGUUGCACAUUGAAAGUAAUAAAUGUGUGUGUACUCUGGCAUAAUUUUGUUUUUAUUAAAAAAGUUCUCGUGCUCGCCAGCCGCCUUGGGCGCUGUUGCCUCCCUAUGGCACAUGCCUGUGUGGAAGUACAUCCUAGAGCAGGACAAGCAAUUGGCACAUCGUAUGUAUGGAACGGGCAGGCCAGAAAGUUCCCAAAUUUGGGGAUUUUUUCUUCAUUGAACGGGAGUGGGGAUUGGAGGCUUCUCAAAUUCUAAUGACGGGCGUCUUCAUUGGCACUGGUCAAUCACCGAA